AUCCUGCGUUUCCCGCGCACUCGGGCUGCCUGCCUUCAGCCGUGGGAGGGGCCCGGGUGGCCUCCCCGCGACUGCUCCUGGGCUUGGCUGGCUAUCGGGGUGUGCGGGGCGGCGUCUCCCCGGUGAGCCCUUCACGCCGGGCUGAUCGCCGCCCCUGGGCUCCAGCCACACCGCACGGGCCUCCGCUGCCAGUCAACUGGAUCCACGGCACCGCUUCCCUCGGGCGUCUCCCCGCGCUGGGAUGUGCAGCCCCAGGGGUCCGCAGCGCCCAGGACAGGCCCGCAGCAACCAUCCGCGGCGUGGGCUACAGGCAGGAUGCUGUACAGCCAGAACCGCGAGGGUAGCCCCGGACCCCAGGGCUCCGCGGUCCGGAACCCGCGGGAGGGUCCCUGGACCCGGACGGAGCGGAACGCGAGCGGACCGGCCGCUUCCGGUGUCUCGCCGCGGCCGCCUCUUCCGGCGCGGCGCCUCGGGUUUGCCAUGGAGCAGGACGACCCAGCCGAGGCGUUGACGGAGCUGCGCGAGCGGCGGCUAGGCGCGUUGGAGCUGCUGCAGGUGGCGGCGGGCUCGGGCCUGCUCGCCUACGCCGUGUGGGCGCUGCUGCUGCAGCCGGGCUUCCGCCGCGUGCCGCUGCGGCUGCAGGUGCCUUAUGUUGGCGCGAGUGCCAGGCAGGUGGAGCACGUGUUGUCGUUGCUGCGAGGCCGUCCAGGAAAGAUGGUGGAUCUGGGCUCUGGUGACGGCAGGAUUGUGCUGGCUGCCCACAAGUGCGGUCUCCGCCCAGCUGUGGGCUAUGAGCUGAACCCGUGGCUGGUGGGGCUGGCGUGGCUGCAUGCCUGGAGGGCAGGAUGUGCGGGCAAUGUCAGCUACCGCCGUGAGAACCUCUGGAAGCUCCCACUGCUGGAGGACAAGCUACAGGCAGAGUUGCCUGAGGGAGCCCGAGUGGUGUCUGGGCGCUUCCCCCUCCCCACCUGGCAACCUGUGGCUCUACUGGGUGAGGGCCUGGACCGCGUCUGGGCCUAUGAUGUCCGCAGCGGUGGGCCAGCUGGGCAGGCUGUCCCAGGGCCUAGUUCUGCCUCCGUACCUGCAGCCCCCAAUUCUCAGGUUGGCUGACUGGACACAAUAAAGACUCAGUGGGUUCCA